CCAUUAUAAAUAGGUGCACCAUGCACGCUCUCUCGGCAGUACCAAAUAAAGCAAAAAAGAGGGUGGAAAUGGCAGAAAAAUCUUACGAGGAAGAACAUCCUACCAAGGCUUUUGGAUGGGCAGCCAGAGACCAAUCCGGGGUCCUCUCUCCUUUCAAAUUCUCCAGGAGGUCUACAGGAGAGAAGGAUGUGAGAUUCAAGGUGCUCUUUUGUGGAAUAUGUCACUCAGACCUUCAUAUGGCCAAGAAUGAGUGGGGUACUGCCACGUACCCUCUAGUUCCCGGGCAUGAGAUUGUUGGGGAAGUGACAGAGGUAGGAAGCAAAGUUGAGAAGUUCAAAGUUGGAGACAAAGUGGGGGUGGGGUGCUUGGUUGGAUCAUGCCACUCUUGCGAUAGUUGCAACAACAAUCUCGAGAAUUAUUGCCCAAAAAUGAUACUCACCUACAGUACCAAAUACCACGAUGGAACCACCACGUACGGAGGCUACUCAGACAGCAUGGUCACGGAUGAGCACUUCGUAAUUCGUAUUCCAGACAACCUACCUCUAGAUGCCGCUGCACCUCUCCUAUGUGCUGGGAUUACAGUUUACAGCCCCUUGAGGUUUUUUAAUCUUGACAAACCGGGUAUGCAUGUGGGCGUGGUUGGGCUCGGCGGGCUAGGUCAUGUAGCUGUAAAGUUUGCGAAGGCCAUGGGGGUCAAGGUUACAGUUAUUAGCACCUCUCCCAAGAAGAAACAAGAAGCCCUUGAGCAUCUUGGUGCUGACUCGUUUCUAGUUAGUCGUGACCAGGAUGAGAUGCAGGCUGCAGUGGGCACAAUGGAUGGUGUAAUUGACACGGUGUCGGCCAUUCAUCCUAUCUUGCCUUUGAUUAGUCUAUUGAAGACUCAAGGAAAGCUGGUCUUGGUUGGUGCGCCUGAAAAGCCACUUGAGCUACCAGUGUUUCCUCUGAUCAUGGGAAGAAAAAUAGUGGGAGGGAGUACCAUAGGAGGAAUGAAGGAAACACAAGAGAUGAUUGAUUUUGCUGCCAAGAACAACAUCACGGCAGACAUUGAGGUUAUCUCGAUGGAUUAUGUGAACACAGCCAUGGAGCGGCUUUCGAAAACAGAUGUCAGAUACCGAUUUGUUAUCGACAUCGGCAACACAAUGAAGAUUUGAAUUCUCUACCUCAUAAACACUGUACGAAUAAAACGCAUGUAAUGUCAGAUACCGAUUUGUUAUCGACAUCAGCAACACAAUGAAGAUUUGAAUUCUCUACCUCAUAAACACUGUACGAAUAAAACGUGUGAUUUGACAUCGGCAACACAUUGCUUUUACUCAGUACAGCGGAUAACUAUUAGAUUUCAACAAAGAGAGCAACCCUGUUAUUUGCAGACAUGACCUUAUUCUUUGGACAAAUUAUCAGUAAGUCCUGUUUUAACAAAUAUAGAUCGUAUUAAUCUUGAUCUUUUCAAUCCCACACAUUAAUUUAUUUUCCUUUAUCAUAAUUACUUAAACACUUAGCGUCAAUUUAAUCAUGAUCUUUUCAAUCCAACACAUUGAAUAAAAUUAAUUUAUUUCCAUCUUUUCUCUCUCUAAAACAAAAAAAUACUUUCCUCCUUUAAUUAGUUGAUGUGAGAAAGAACUACUUCUCUCUUGAUAUUUUAUAUGUUUGGUGUUGAUUUCAUUGUACGUACAACCAGCGCUUGGAUGAGUUUAGAAUAAAGGACGUCAAACAUGGCCGGAUGAAGAAACUCUUAUAAUUAAGAAUAUUAAUUAAGAUGUUGAAUUGUUAAAUUCAAAGUUUUUAAACCCGGCUGCCAGCCCGGUCCAAGGCCCGGGUUCCGGGUUUUAACCGGGUCGGCCGGGUCAAUUUUUAUUUUUAAAAAAAUUCAAAACGACGUCGUUUUAGUUAAAAAAAAAACAAAAGUCAACGGGUUGCAACCGGGUUUUUGACCGGGUCACCGGGUCAACCCGCCGGGUCAGCCGGGUCACACCGGGUCAUGGCUUAUGCUAUUUUUUCAUCAACUCGGCUCGGUUCCAGCCCCGGGUCGACCUGCCGGGCCGGGCCGGGUUUCAAAACACAUGUUAAAUUAAUUAGGUCAUUAUCCCAUAAUUCAAAAUUCAUAAAACACAUCAUGUCUGUUGAAGAGGUACAUGCAUAACGACACUGUUUAUUUUUGUAUUUCAAAAAUAUUUUUUAAAAAAUUAAUUUUUUAUUUUUUUCUUUGAAUUAAUAUGUUUUUUAUGUUUUUAGAUCGUUUUGAUACUCUGGUGUCAAAAAUAAUUUAUAAAAAAUAAAAAAAUAUAUUUUAAUAUAUUUUUAAGUGAAAAAUACUUUAAAAAAUAACUGUAACUAUACUUCCAAACAUAGUUACACUCCCAAACAGACUAGUUCAACUGCUUUCGUUCUCUCUUUUUUAUAUAUAUAUAUAUAUAUAUAUAUACACACAUUGAAUGUUGAACAAAAACAGUAAUUUGAAGUUUUUAAUCACCAUGUUACCUUUCAAUAGUGCCGGGUCGACAAUAGUGCUACAAAGAUAUAGUACGUAGUCUUUAAAAAAACAGGUAAAUGAUCAUUUAAAAAUUAGUUUUUCAACUCUGAUCUUCUUAAAUUAAUCCCAUUAAUUUGAAGUCAAUUUUUUGUGUAAACUUUCCAUGUUAACACAAAUGACGUUGAGUGUUUGACAUGGGGACUAGUGUUAGGUAACGGUUUACCAAGAUAGGGAAAUAAAAUGAGGACUCCAAGUGUCCGCUAACGUUAAUAAAAAUCAAAUUUUUUUUAAGCACCAGCCGUUCUAUUGCUGGCCUCUGUGUUUCUCUGCCUCAACGUGUCUCUCCAGCUGUCCACGUUAUCUAUGACCCCACACGUUUUCUUUGUGAAAACCUACACCAACCCUCACUAUAUAAACACCCCUUGCCACUUCGUCCUUCUCAUCACCACCCUGGAUCAAGAACACUGAACAAUAUUCAAGAUUUGGUUACGCUCUCAGUAUAUCUCUUGAAAGGGUUUGUUUUCGUGUCUUGACACCCGAUUUUGUACAAUGGCAUUUGCUGCAAUGAAGUUGUUUGCUGCUGCUGUUGUCAUGGCAAUGCUUGCCAGUGUUGCUGUUUCCGCCCAAGAUCUUGGAGAGUUAGCGCCAGCGCCAGCUCCUGGAAUGGACAAGGGAGCUGCUUCCUUUUCUCUUGGGAUGUCUGGGGCUCUUAUCUGCUCUUCUCUCUUCUUGUCUAUGCUUUCUCUUUUGAGGCACUAGGUUUUUGUGAUCUGUGAUUCUCUUGGUCAUUUUUAUGUUUUACUGGGAUGGGAUUUAUACACGUGUUACUCUUUUGAGAGUCUUUUUUUGAGGGAUUUUUUUUAGUACUAUUAUUUAUUUAUUUGUUUAUACGGUGAAAUAAAGGUUUAUUUAUUAUUAUAUAUGGGUUUGUCUGGUGGUUGUAUUUUUGUUGAGGUGAGGGGUAUGUAUAUAUCGAUUUAUUAGAACUUGUGUAUUUUCUUCGAUAUUAAUAAAUUAUUAUUUCGUUUUA